CAUUGUUAGUUGUGCCAGGUGAUCGUAGGUGAAAUGAUGAGUUAAGGUUAGCAUUGAUAGGUCCGCGUCCUCGCUCCCUCCCUCCUACCUCCGUCUGUCAUCGACUUACGCGGAUCUCAUGGCGCUUCGUUCGAAAAAGCUAGCAUUCCUUAUCCUAUGGCCUCGGUCAAGCAGCGAGUGACGGUGAUCCUGCGCUCAGUCGGAGUCGAGGAGGUGGACAGUGGUCAUCUCAACGUGGACACAGCCAGCUUCUAUGAGGCAGCAACCGACUCAAGGGAGAGAUCUGAGAGUCGGGGGGGAAAUCAGCUGAUGGCGUCGUGCUCACCUCACCAAGGCGGAGGAGGCCGGAGAAGAGGCAUGUGUAAAUGGUUCAAUGUGGCCAAAGGAUGGGGCUUCGUGACCCCAGAUGAUGGAGGGCAGGAUGUAUUCGUACACCAGUCGGUGAUUAAGAAGUCUGGAUUUCGGAGCCUGGGGGAAGGUGAGAUCGUCGAAUUCGACAGCAAACCCUCAGACAAGGGGAUGGAAGCUACCCUUGUGUGCGGCCCCGGGGGUACGGAGUGUCGGGGGAGUGACAGAAGACCCCAAUCAAGGAGGAAAUUCAGGAAAAUCAGUAUAAUUGGUUAUCCUUUCUGUUCUAGAUGCUACAACUGUGGGGAAAUAAGCAACCAUAUUGCUGCAAAAUGCCCAUGUGGACCUCUGACGAAACGCUGCUACAACUGCCGUUCUGAAGACCACCUCGUGGCCGACUGUCCACACCAACAACAGCAGCAACAACAGUCCCACGUCUUUACCUCACCUAGUACCUUAGGCAGGAAGGGACGCAACGGAAACAGCAACGGGAACGGCUAUGACAGCGGCGACCCGUCCAUGGGAAUGCCCCAGAUCGGUCCAGUAUGACGUCAUACUGCGUCGCUAGGCAACGUUGAUCAGAAGAGGACAAGGGCGGGUUUUGAAUUAUCGCCCCUGUUUACUAGGAACAAACUUGUUACGCUGUAGUGAAGUACGAACGAUUUGACUGUCAGUGUAUGACAUAUAUGCCGCCAUAUUUGCUCCAAACCACGUCAUGCUGAUCUCAGUAGAGGCCACGUGCUGACGUGAUUCCACGUGAUUGUAGUGGUGCUAUGUUGCAGGAUAUGGCCGGACUGACAAGCCCUUGUCACCUCUAAUAGAUUGGCGUCCAUAUUUCAGUUGUGGAUACCCGAGCGAGCUCGAGUGUGAGUCUCGUGUCACUUACAUUCUCCUGGUGUUCUUCGUUAGAUGUGAGAUGUGUUGCAGUCAGUAGUACUUUAGAUAUGUCUCGGGACAGGGACACCUUGCUCCCUAACACACGGAUAUUAUCAAGCCAAAGAAAUAUACAAGUUUAUUGUGGAAAGUAAAGAUACCCCUAGCAACGUAUGAAGCUGUAUAUGCUGUCACGGAAACAGUAGUGAACUCGACGACGUCAUGGCGACGUGAUGUCGUCACGUCGCCUGCACGAAGUCGUCGUAAGUGGACAGAGAGUUGCGCAGAGUUCAGCUCCAGACUUACUGUGGACACAUCGGCGUAGGACUCGGGUAUCCGACCAGUGAACAGUGAUGUCACCUGUGACGUCAUGCCCUAGGCAUUCAGUGACGUAUCAGCUACCUCAAACAGCCACUCGCUAGGGGGGUUGUCAAAACCUGAGCACAUGAGAG